GCCCGCCCGCCCUCUCGCAGGUAAGCCCGAAGGAGCCUCUCUCCGAGCUGCGGCCCGGCCCGAUGGAGGAGAAGAUCAAGAGAGCCGAGGAGAUGGCCCUGAGACUCACUCGAGCAGUAGCUGGAGGGGAUGAAAAGGUGGCCGUGGAAUGUGCUAUGUGGCUGGCUGAGCAGCGGGUGCCUCUAACUGUGCAACUGAAGCCAGAAGUCAUCCCGACGAAGGAUAUCAGGUUGUGGGUGAGCGUGGAGGACUCGCAGCUGCACACGGUCACCAUCUGGCUCACGGUGCACCCGGACAUGACUGUGGCCUCACUCAAGGACAUGGUAUUCCUGGACUACGGCUUCCCAUCUACCCUGCAACAGUGGGUUUUUGGGCAGCGGCUGGCUCGAGACCAGGAGACCCUGCAGUUCCACGGGGUGCGGCAGAAUGGGGACAGCGCCUACCUCUACCUGCUGUCCGCCCGCAACACCUCGCUCAACCCUCAGGAACUGCAGCGCGAGCGGCAGUUGCGGAUGCUGGCAGAUCUGGGCAUCAAGGACCUCAUGCUGCAGUCUCGGGGUCCCCUGGAGGCAGCUCCCCCGAAGCCCGGGGUCCCACAAGAGCCUGCCCGAGGGCAGCCAGACCCAGUGCCUGACCCGGUCCCGGUGGGUUGGCAGUGCCCUGGCUGCACCUUCAUCAACAAGCCCACGAGGCCAGGCUGUGCCAUGUGCUGUCGGGCCCGGCCUGAAGCCUACCAGGUCCCGGCCUCUCACCAGCCAGACGAGGAGGAGCGGCUGCGCCUGGCAGGCGAGGAGGAGGCACUGCGCCAGUACCAGCAGCGGAAGCAACAGCAACAGGAGGGGAACUACCUGCAGCACGUACAACUGGACCAGCGGAGCUUGGUGCUGCACAUGGAGCCCACCGAGUGCCCCGUGUGCUACACAGCACUAGGGCCUGGCGAGGCAGUGGUGCUGCGGGAGUGUCUGCAUGCCUUCUGCAGGGAGUGUCUGCAGGGCACCAUCCGCAACUGCCAGGAGGCAGAGGUCGCCUGUCCCUUCAUUGACGACACCUACUCCUGCCCGGGGAAGCUGCUGGACAGAGAGAUCCGUGCGCUGCUGAGCCCCGAGGACUACCAGCGGUUCCUGGACCAGAGUAUCUCCAUCGCCGAGAAGCGCAGCUCCUGCAGCUACCACUGCAAGACCCCUGACUGCAAGGGCUGGUGCAUCUUUGAGGACGAUGUCAACGAGUUCACCUGCCCUGUGUGCUACCACACCAACUGCCUGCUCUGUCAGGCCAUCCAUGAACAGAUGAACUGCAAGGAGUACCAGGAUGACCUGGCCCUGCGCGCUCAGAAUGAUGUGGCUGCUCGGCAGACUACAGAGAUGCUGAAGACCAUGCUGCAGCAGGGUGAGGCCAUGCACUGCCCACAGUGCCAGAUCGUGGUGCAGAAGAAGGAUGGCUGCGACUGGAUCCGCUGCACCGUCUGUCACACGGAGAUCUGUUGGGUCACCAAGGGCCGGCGCUGGGGCCCUGAGGGCCCAGGAGACACCAGUGGGGGCUGUCGCUGCCGUGUGAAUGGGAUUCCCUGCCACCCCAGCUGUCAGAACUGCCACUGAGCUGAGGCCUACUCGUGGGGGUGGGCCAGAGCUCUGACCUCUUCUCUGACCUUCCGGCUGCUGCUGUGCUUGACUGAGAAGAGACCACCUGGAUGAUCCGUGUGCUGUUGCAGAGGGCUUCUGUAAGGGGCCGCUGUCAGAGUUGGGUAGGGACAGAAGCCAGAUCUGCCUUGGCCCCUCCUUCCCUCCUGGGCCUGGCUGGCCGGCCCCUCCAUCUCCUCUCUGUAACUUUCCCCUUUCCCAAUCUGCUUCAGCCUCUAGCACAGAACUGUGUGGCUCUGCACUCCUGCUCACCUUCUGUCUGCAGAACAUAGGUUCCUGAGCCGCCAUUCUCCUUUUGGGAAACUUCUCUGCCUUUGCUGUUGGAGGCCUGGCCUCUUAAAAUCGCUAAGUCUUUUCAGAGGCAGGAGGAGACCUAGUGGUUUUCAAAACAGCCCUUCGUCCAGUCUGUUUUUUCCUUUCAGCAUUGUAAACUGACUAAAAGGUUUCCACGGAA